CAUGGAUAUUAAUUAUAAUUUUAAACAGUUAAAAGUAUGAUGCAAAUGAAAAAAAUGUUUAGUAUUGUUAAAUUAUUCCUUACUUAGACUUCUAUUCUCAUAAAUCUCAACUCCAUUCAGUCUUAACAAAAGCUUUAUUGUUCAUGUAACACGCUGUGAUAUGCAAAUAGUCAUGUUGAUUUAACUAAUAUGCAAAUUAGUCUAUGAUGUCAUCUAGCAAUUUUUUUUUUGGAGUGUACAUUAGCUACUUCCCCCUGAAUAGAGUAGGCAGCGUUGAAUCCUCAGAGCUCAGAUCAGACUGCAAUGACACCACACUGCUUUUCUCUCACACACAGUGCACAUAUGUGGUUUAUAAACUUUUUACAUAUCCUAAUUUUCUCUAUAAAUACUGCUGAGGUAUGGGAGCUGCGGUUUUGUCUUCAUUUAACGAGACUAUGCAAAGGACUGCCAUGACUCAACCCACAGUGACUGUGAUAAAUGGGAAUAUAAGUGCGAGCUGUAUGGUGCCUUAUGAUGAGGGUCGCAUUCCACUCCUGGUGCUCUACAUUACCGUGCUGAUUGUAGGGCUGCCGGCCAACAUGGCCACCAUCUAUCUGACAAUCCUAAAGGUACUGCACAACAAUGUUCUGGCCAUCUACCUGCUGAGCCUAUCACUAAGUGAUUUCACCUACCUGUUGACGCUGCCUUGGUGGGCCAUUUACGUGAGCAGGAGCCACCACUGGCCCUGGAGUUCUCUGGCAUGCCAAGUCACGGGGUAUAUCUUCUUCACCAACAUGUACAUCAGCAUCUUCCUGCUCUGCUGUAUCUCCAUAGAUCGCUAUGUAGCCGUGGUCUAUGCUUUGGAGUCACGUGGGCUCCGUCACCAGAAACUUGCUGCUUUUGUGACUCUUGUUAUUUGGGGUGUGGUGGGCCUUGGUCAUGCCCCUGUUUUCAGCAUGCCCGUGAGCCAGGAUGCCAAAGGAGAGCACCGCUGCUUCGAGCCGAGUCAAAACACAGCCACUGUGACAGGGUUCAACUAUGCUCGCUUCAUUGUGGGCUUUCUUGCUCCGCUAGCUGUGCUAAUCUACACCAACUACAGCAUUUUGGACAAUGUGCGUGCAAGUGUGAGUAUUACUGUGCACCAGAAGCAGAAGGUGCGUCGCUUGGCUGUGGUUGUGGUGCUGCUCUUCCUGCUCUGCUUUGGCCCAUACCACAUGCUCCUGCUGUUACGUGCCAUUACUUACCACUUCCCAUCACUCCAGGAUGAAUGCACCUUUAAGCUGCACGUCUACACACCCUACAUCAUCUCGCUGGGCCUGUCCACAGUCAGCAGUGCCACAAAUCCUGUCCUGUACAUACUGUCCAGCGAUAACAUCAAAAAGGAGUUCCUGUGCUGUGUGACAAGCCUCAGGAGUAGAUGCUGCCAAUGCUGUGUAGAUACCAGCCAGGACACAAGCACAAAAACUCUUAAUACACAAUGCCAAGGGACCAGAAUGGACUGA